CUCCAUCUUCUGACAGCUUGGUGACGCCCACAAAAGGAACUGACUGGCCCGUAACUCAUGGCUUCCUUGGUACUGGGACUUUCUCUGGUCUGUGAUUUAAGUGGCCUUUGAGUUUCCAGAUUGGUCCAGAAGGAUUAGGAAAGGUGAGUCCUUUCCUACCAAAGAAAUGAGUGUGGGAGGAGGAAGCAACAGCAGCGUGGAGCUUGUCCAUCUCUCCUUCUCACUGAACACCAGCAGUAUCGAUCCAGGAUGCUCUCUCCCCUACGACCCCUGCCCUCCUUUUUGGCCCUGAGACUACAGUGGGCUCCAUGAACAUGUACAGAGACACAGGGGUGUGUGCCACCCCUCUCUCUCAACCUCUUCCUCCACCCCACCUCCGUCUACCCCUUCAUAAUGGCCACUCUUCCGUGGGCGAUCCAGCCCCGUCCCGUGUCUCCGUGCCCAAAAUGGGGGUUCGAGCUCGGAUUGCCGAGUGGCCUCCUCGCAGGGCACUUUCACGAGAAUCGCUGCUUGAGAAUGGCCAGGGCAGUCAUCCGGAUGACCUCAACAGCGAGGAUGGGCUUACUCGUGGAGGUGUGACCAGGUUACUACAGCGAGGUACCAGGGACGGUGACUUCCUUGAAUCAGGUUUAACGAGGGCUCCAGGCACACCACCGAGGUUUCGGACAUCUGGAUUCGCUCCACUCCGACAGCGCUCCAACAGCGAGAUAACAUUGAGUGAACAAGAUGAAACAGAGGUCGAAGGCCAUUUGUUUCGGGAAUAUGGCAGUACUUCUUCCAUCAAUGUACAGGCAGUGUCUGAGCAAAGCUUCUUUGACAUGCUCAGCCAGUUUCAACAGGAGCGACCAGACCAGCGUAGCACAGCCCCUGCAAAGCUUGGAGAGCUGCUUGGUGCUUCUUUAGAGGGACCCACUUCACACGCCUUCUUGUCGACUCCACGGCCUGAUGACCGCCUAGAGAAUAGUGUACGCAAAAAGAGUGGUGGCACAGAGUCAUCUCUUGGUACCUCCUCCUUAUUCCGCAAACUCCGCAGCUCCAGCCGGGGAGAAACAGAGACUCCACGAGGCGACUUGGAUGACAUACGACCCCCUGAGACAUUGUCUUCCAAACCCUGGGUAUGUGUGCGGAGUUUUGCCCACUUUGACGCUCAGAGUGUUCUGUUUGACUUGCACGAGGCAGCAGCUCGUCGCAGCUACGCUGCCCAGCGGCGAAACACAGCCACCGGAGCUUCAGCUGCUUCUUCGGCUGCUGUUUCUUUGGCAGUUUCCAGAGCUAUUGCUCUGGGGGGAGUGGAGCCCAGCUUCUCCAGCACUGAUGACCUCAGUGUCAGGGACCUAUCGGAAGGAUCAACCACAGCACUGGAACAUUCAGAGCAGGGUGGUUCAGCUAGCGUUAAUGCCAACUCUCAGCACCAGCUGUUGCUGAGCUGCCCGCACUUCAUCAAUGAGACCGGAAGCUACAGGGAACGGAAUGUCAGCUUUCUGAGCUCAUGGGCGGAGCGGGGAGAGGCUGGCAUCGUGGAGGCCCGGCUUCGUCCACGCUGCAGUAAUGCCAGUGUGUCCAAACUGGAAGUGCCGCCAGAGGUUCAAGCCACCAGGUUAGAGAGACUGCAGCUACACUGCAUCGAGCACGUUGACCUGGGUGCCAGAUACUACCAUGAGCACUUCUAUGGGAAAGGAUAUUUGGGCAGUCAUAUGAUGCUGGUCACGUUACGAGGAGCGAUCCUGGAGGACGCGAUUCUGUCCACAGCAAAGCACGGAACGGUUCGUGGUUUGCCUUUAAAGGAGGUUCUGGAGUAUGUGCUGCCAGAACUCAGCGUGUCCUGUCUGCGAUUGGCUCUCAGCACGCCAAAGGUCACAGAGCAGCUUCUUAAACUGGAUGAGCAGGGGCUUAGUCAGAAACACAAAGUGGGCAUCCUGCUGUGUCGAGCGGGACAGAGCACGGAGGAGGAGAUGUACAACAAUGAAGAGGCUACGCCAGCCUUCACCGCCUUCCUGGAGCUGCUGGGAGAAACUGUGUGUCUGAAGGGUUUCAACAAAUAUGCUGCCCAGCUAGACACCAAAACGGACUCAACUGGAACACACUCCCUGUAUACAACCUAUCAGGACUAUGAGAUCAUGUUUCACGUGUCCACCAUGCUUCCAUACAUGCCCAGCAAUCCUCAACAGCUCCUGAGGAAGAGGCACAUAGGAAAUGAUAUAGUCACGAUUAUAUUCCAGGAGCCGGGAGCCCAACCGUUCACUCCACAGAAUAUUCGCUCUCACUUCCAGCACGUGUUCGUCAUUGUCCGUGUGCACAGCCCUUGCUCUGACAACACCUGCUACAGUGUCGCAGUGACCCGCAUGAAGGACGUCCCUCCGUUUGGUCCACCGCUACCUUCAAAUGGCCUGACGUUCCGGGACCCAGCUGCCUUCCGUGCUUUCCUGCUGGCCAAGAUCAUCAACGCAGAGAACGCUGCGCACAAAUCAGAGAAGUUCCAUGCUAUGGCAACACGCACGCGCCAAGGAUACCUGCGGGACCUGGCGGAGAACUGCGUUUCCACUACACCACUCGACACUGCUGGCAAGCUAAACAAUCUCAUCUCUCUGGCCUCCAAACGCAAGGAACGCAUCCGGGCACGCGAGGGAGCGGAAAUGGGUGCCUUAGGGGCGCUGAUUUGGCGCGUACUUGCACAGGACUUCAGUGGCGGAGGCGCCGAGCUUCCCUGUGCUCUCGCCAUCUCCAGCGAGUACAUUGUCCUGGCGCACUGCUCCACCAAAGAGGUGGUGUUUAACUGUUUCUGUGCUGAUGUGAUUGGUUGGACGGCAGAGAGACUUGCACUGAAGAUUUUCUAUGGCAGAGGAGACCAUGUUGCCUUACGGGUACCAGAGGGCAGUGCGCAAGAUAUCAGAGAGGUGGUGCAGAGACUUAAGGCAUUGACUAUAGGUUGUGAGACAGUUGAUAUGACGUUACGACGUAAUGGUUUAGGCCAGCUUGGUUUCCAUGUGCGUUUGGACGGAACUGUGUCCGAAGUGGAGGAAUACGGCUUCGCUUGGCAGGCGGGACUCCGGCAGGGUAGUCGUUUGGUGGAAAUCUGCAAAGUUGCAGCAGUGACGCUCUCCCACGAGCAGAUGAUCGACCUACUGCGGACUUCGGUCACCGUGAAAGUGGUCAUUAUUCCACCUUUUGAAGAGGGAGGGGCCCGCAGGGGCUGUACGGAGGAGUACGAGAUGAAGAUGAUGGAGCAGAAGGGAGAAGCGGAGCCAGUGGCUGCAGGGUAUCGUGGUGGGCAGCGAACCCCAGUAUGGCGCUGGGACAGCCCACCUGGUACACACAGCUCUGCUCAGCGCUGGACCCCCAGCGGACCCCCACCAGUCCCCAGCCGUACACACAAAGCCCUGGUCCCCAUUCCAUACAGAGAGCCCCAACACAUCUCUGCUAAAAGGCCUGUCAGUUACCCAGAGAACCAUUACAGUGUGUCUCCUCUUACCGGGGACAGAGGGAUGCAGUACAGAAACCCUUCGGCUAGUUUCUCCAGUCCAGGCUCUGGGUUCAGCUCCAGCGCACUGGGGGUGCCGGGACUCAGCGGACCCUUUGUCCACUAUAAACCCACUCGAGACGGGUUUGGGUCAGUCCAGCGGCCUCUCCAGCCAUUUGAUCCACACGUUACAGUCGAUGUCUCUAGUGGAGAAUCAUCAUCUGGUUUCACUAGCCAAGAAAGCACGAUGGAGCGCAACAAGUCAGAGCCCAUGUGGCAUGUUCCUGCUUCAUCACGAGGUGUGUCAGUGGGCUCAGCUCCGAGAAGACAGACUCGACAGGACGUUGCAGGGAAGGACUCUCCAAACCGCCACUCUAAGGGUGAGGCACACUAUUCCAGUCACUCCAGCAGUAACACGCUCUCCAGCAAUGCUUCCAGCAGUCACAGCGACGAGCGCUGGUUUGACAGCGUGGGAGGUGUGGUUUCCGGUGCCCUGAGUGACCCCUCAGACCCCGACCCUGACCAUAUGGGCAAGGGAGGCUCCAGUGACAGUGGCAUCGAUGCAUCUCUCUACACGCCAAGUCCCAACACUAAAGGAGCCAAACCUAGCCGCAGCCUUGCAGGAACCCCCCAUAAACCUUUGCAUGGUUCUGCUACCUACAGCGGCUUGCAGGAGCUGUCCGGAGCAGGAGGGAGGGCGGGAGGAGAGGAUCGUCACAGGGAGUCUUCACCCGUCAUUGCAUUUGCAAAUCAAAGCAAGAACUAUCGCACCCGCACAUUCCCCCCUCCUGGAUCAGCCAACGUCGACAACUUCAAACCAAGGUCCUGCUAUACCCCUCAAGGGUACAAGACCCCUGCUGUGGCUGAUAAACCCCGGCCUUUCAGAUCUUCAACUGUCACACCCACGUCAGGCUCCGCCCAGCUGUCAAGCUCUGCCCAGCUGUCAAGCUCCGCCCCCAAGUCCUUUAGUAAAACUAAGAGUACAUGGCAACAGGAGGAGAACAGCACAGCAACCAGCACCACCUCCACUGACAGCAACAGCAACAGCUGCAAGCAGCUGGAUAUGAACAGUAAGAAUGUGUUCGGACAGCCCCGGUUACGUGCCUCUCUGAGGGACCUGCGCUCACCACGCAGAUCUCACAAGAGCACCAUUGAGGACGACUUGAAAAAGCUCAUCAUCAUGGACAACCCUACAGAGACACCAUCACGGGAUGGGUCUCCUCAUCGGACCCUGCAACGUACUUUCUCAGAUGAGAGUCUGUGCAGUGGACGGAGAGAUUCUAGUUAUGCAAGCACGCCUCUUUUUGAAGGACAAGUGCCGCCCAGUGACCUUCUCUUCACCUGCACGCUGCCUACUCGACGCCACGGACACAACACCAAUCAUGGAACCCUCAUGCCUAGUAAGAAAGUACCAUUGUCUGCAUCAGAAUUAUCUCUGACUGAGGUGAGGGAUAAGGUUCCACCUCUCAGAAGACUGGACCCUGGACUCAUGCCCCUUCCUGACACUGCCUGUGGUCUAGAGUGGUCCAGCCUCGUCAAUGCGGCCAAAGCAUAUGAAGUGCAAAGAGCUGUUUCUUUAUUUUCAUUGUCUGAGUCUCACGCGGGCGGCAAUGAGUUGAGACCCGUCAUCAGCCCGGUGCAUUUCCACACGCCACAGACUCCCCGCACCACUCCUACUUUCAGCAGUGAAGAGGUUCCCAAUGACCUGUCUGGCCGUCUAUAUCAUCUGGAAGUCAUGCUGAAACAGCUGAACAAUGAUCUGGAAAAAGAGAAACAGGACAAGUCCACGUUAUUAGCAGAGAUGGCUAAUCUGAGGCAGAACAACCAGCGUCUGCAGGAGGAAUCGCACUCAGCCAGUGAACAGCUCCGCAAGUUCAGCAAACUCUUAUCCUCUACCAUGCCCGAGAGGAAAUGACUGUCCCUUUCAUUUGAGAGGAGAUGAGAUUUGCCUAAUAUGGCACGUUCAGUGCCAACAGCUAAUUUACUUCACAGUCUCUUAUUGUCCAGUACAUCCACUGUCCCGCUCGCCCUCAUCUAGAUCCUCACCACACUCCAAAACUGUGAGCUUUACGAAAGUGUGACGGAAGGAAACCGAAAUCUGCCUGAUGACUUGAGACUUCAAAUCUUUAACUUAAAGCCGGUACAGAAGUACAAAUGUCUAUUUUUAAACAAGCAAACAAACACACGAUUCCUACCUUGAAACGAGCGAGCUCCUCAUCUGAUCGAACUACUUUCGGAACUAUUUUCUCAGUGUAGAUUUAUUUUUGUACUCGACGAGUCGACACUAAGCUUGAGCCAGUAAAACUGCGAGACGCUAAACAUCAGAGAGGCCUAUUUACUGCACAGUCAGCUCAACAGCCAAAAAAAAGCAACAGAAAAUCGACACCUGAGCCACGUGAGAGACCCUACCUUUCCCAAAACGUUGAGAGAAAUCACGGUACUGUAAUUGUGAGGAAAAAGGAACGACUCGCAGAUAACAUGUCACUGUAAAUUAUAAUUCUACAUCGCACAAUCUCAUGUGCAGGUACAUUGUGUUCAUAUUUAUAGUUCAAACCAUCCUCAUCUCAGCUGAUUUAUCAUCCAACAGACUUCCUGUAGUGACUGAAACUCUGCAAUAAUGGCUCUGUAGAUCUUCACUUCUCCAGAGAUGGAGAACCGCCGCCGCUUUCUGACCAGGGAUAGCAAGCACUACUAAAACUGUGAUGUUACACCCAAGUCUUUGAUCGUUUCCUCUGUGCAUGGACAUCGCUCAGUCUUUAAGUGACAGCGUCAUGUGACAGGAAAUGCCACUUGCUCUCUUAUGUAUGGUUUUGGCAUAGCACUGUGUGUAAACUUGGAUUUCGACACUGUAUAUGUAUAGGUAUAUGCAAAGCCGACACUAAGAAACCCUAGUUAGCUGUGUUCCAUACAGACUCUAUUUUUCUAUUUGUAUUUAGUUCAGGUUUAUCAGGUGAAACGACUGUUGGCAAUAGAUAGCUGUUUUCAACUUCUAGACAGAUCAUGGUGUUUACAUACUAAGACGAUCCACGCUGUACUCGGUUAUGCGCUCUAACUGGAAUAACAAUCAGGCUGGAUCGAAUAUGGUUUAUCAUGUACCCCAUGUUACUCUGUACAUGUCUGCCUUAAAGUGGUCAGCUGUGACCAGUGAUGUGUUGUAAUUUAGCACUCAUAUCAGCUCUCUCCAUCCCUUUAACCUGAUGCGACUGGAAAAAAGAUCUCCUCCUCUCUCAGGACCCGUAAGCUGCCCUCUCGAUGACCUGAUCUAUUCGUCUCUGACCUAUUUAUCCACGUCAAAACAAAAGCACUGCAACAGUCGGUUGACUUUAUACUAGUCAUCAUAGCUAAUAUAAGUGAAAAUAGAAUGUGUCUGCUUUACUCAGACACACAAAAACAACUAUAUACAUGCUUAUGACAGUAAAUAGCAUUGUAAAACGCAAAGGUUUUUCUUUAUUUAUGGGCUGAGAGAUACAAAGACCUUUAGUAGUGUGACUGUACAUACAGUGAUUUGAUAACUGCUGAUAUCUAACAUGUUACAUGUUCUCCCCACUUGGGGAAUAGUCCAACCAAAAAUGAAAAUUCUUUCAUUUACUCACCCUCAUGUUGUUCCAAACCUAUUGGACUUUAUUCCUUCUAUGGAACAUGAAAGACGUUAUUCUGAAGAACUGAACAGUUUUGGUUCCCAUUGACUUCCAUUGUGUUUGUUCAAGAUCCACAGAUGAAAGCAAGUCAUACAGGUUUGGAACAACAUGAGAAUGAGAUUUUGGGUGGACUAUACCUUUAAAUAAAAGUCUAUAUACAGACUUGCGAAAUCAAAUGAUCAGAAUGAUAAGCUCAUUUGCCCCACUGUUUUAGAUCCAUUUUUACAGUUUUAUCAGAUUCUCAUCGCAUUGCUGUGACUACAAGAACUUGACCCACUGUGUGUUUUUCUGUCAAUGAAGUGGGGGGUCUUUCAGACUCACUCAGUUCUGGGUUACUGGGUGUCAUAUCUACACCAUGGAUUGUCUUAUGAUUUCUGUUUGUUUGAUAGUUGGGUGGAGGUGUUUUUAUUAAGUUCUUUUUUAUUUUUAAAAGGUAAAUAGGAGUAAUAUACUUGUGAGAACAUCUAUGUGCAUCUGUGUUGCGCAUUCUUAAAUCAUGGCAAAUUAUAUAGUCCAGCUGUAAUUGAAGGUUUAUUUUUAUGUGUAAUAUUUUGACUAUUUAUUUUGAUUCUUUUCUUCUUGUUUUGUUUUUUUUUAAUACAGAAUGUCAAAUUCAAGGUGAAAAUUACAAGAUUUGGUAACAUUAUUGGAGGGUACUGAGUUUGUCCUUUAUAUUUUGUUUGAUUCACGAUCUUUUGUACAAAGCUGAUUUUACGCUUUUAUUUCUUUUCUUUUUUUAAAGAACCUUUAUUGUAAUUCAUCUUUCUGUCUCUGUUUCCGUUAGCUUCAUGCAUGAAACAGUGGCUCUAAUGCCUCGAUUAACUAUUGAUAACUGAUUAAUCAUUCAGUUUCUUUUGGGGAUGUUGUAUCAAUGAGUGUACAUUUAAGAUGUGUAAAUUAUGUUUUCAUUAUUUUAUAAAAAAA